AUGACUUGGACUCGCCACAUGGCUUCUGUGAAACUGGCCGUGCUGGCCGGGCUGGCCAGAAAUGGCAAAUGGUCGGAGAAGUGCGUCGAGGGAGGAUCAGGGCUGGUAUUUGAACACAUCGAGACGGGACGAACAAGGAACUGGAUUGACAGGAACUGUCCAUGCUCAACUUGA